CGAGCAAACAGCUAACGGGACAAAACAUUUUCUGAGAACACGACAGAGUCAUGAGGUUGUGUUUUUUAUUUCUGAUCGUCAUGGUGACCGGCGCCGACGGCGUAGAACUAACAGGGCUUUCUGGGAGAAUCGCUUCUCCGAGUUUCCCGAAACCCUAUCCCAACGAUCAGACGCAGACCUGGACGAUCACUGCUCCGGUGGGACAUCGCAUUAAGGUCUACUUCACGCACUUCCACCUGGAGCUCUCCUACCUGUGCGAAUAUGACUACGUCAAGCUUGUUUCCAAAGGGACCGAGGUGGCUCACUUGUGUGGCAAGGAGAGCACGGACACGGAAAAAGCCCCAGAAGACGCCGUUUUUUACUCUUUGGAUAAUAAAAUGACCGUCACGUUCAGGAGCGAUUACUCUAACGAGAAGGAGUUUAUUGGCUUUGAGGCUUUCUACGCGGCUGAAGACAUUAACGAGUGCGAGGUGGACCCAGAGACCUGCGAUCACUUCUGUCACAAUUAUAUCGGAGGAUUUUACUGUAGCUGCCGAGCUGGAUUUAACCUGCACAGCGACAAGAAAAUUUGCAUAGCGUCAUGCGGUGGGCAGAUCUACAAAGAAAGAAUAGGUGAGAUCACCAGCCCCGAUUACCCCGGCGCUUACCCCAAACUCUCCAACUGCAAGUACUCCAUCCAAGCUGAAGAAGGCUUCUCAAUCCAUUUGAAAUUUUUGGACUUCAAUGUGGAGUCGCACCCUGAUGUUUUGUGCCCUUACGACAGGCUGCAGAUAAGAGCCGGUGCGAAGGAUCUCCCGGCGCUGUGCGGAGACAGCUUACCGGCAGAAAUUGACACCCGGAGUAACAGAGUGGAAAUCGUCUUCACGUCCGACAGCUCCGGAGACCACACUGGGUGGAAGAUUCAGUACACAGCAAAAGCCCUUCCAUGCCCUAAUCCGGUGCUGCCACCCAGAGGCAUCUUCAGGCCCCAGCAGAAGACAUACGUGGUGAAAGACAAGCUUUCAGUCUCCUGCGAAGAGGGCUAUGUGCUGCUAGAGAAUGAGAAAACGGUGCCGUCUUUCACGGCGGUUUGUAAAACGAACGGAAUGUGGGACAAGCCCCUGCCGACGUGCAUCAUUGUUGACUGCGGAACGCCCGAAGAUAUCUACAACGGGACGUUUAAGUUCUUGACGCAGAGAGACGUGACUACCUACAACGCACUUAUCCAGUACGAGUGCUCGGAGCCCUUCUAUUACAUGAAAGAUCCUAGAGGUCGGUACCGGUGCAGCGCUCAAGGAUUGUGGGAAGAAACUAACACCCAGAGCAGAGUUUUGCCAACUUGUGUCCCCGAUUGUGGAAAAAGAACAAAUAUUGCCGUUCAGCGUAUCAUAGGCGGCACGAACGCAAAGCUGGGAAAUUUUCCAUGGCAAGUCUUCAUAAACAGCCCGGUGAGAGGGGCCGGCGCGCUGUUACACGACAAUUGGGUUAUCACAGCAGCUCAUGUGGUGGACCAAGCCGCCGAUGACAUAUCAAGCAUUGGCAUGAAAAUGGGCAUCACCAACACCAACGACAAAAACUUCAACGGGCUGCCUGAGGCUGUUUUCAUCCAUAAAGGUUACAAGAAAGGACAGUUUGACAAUGACAUUGCCCUCAUCAAACUGCAGAACAAAGCUCCCAUCAAUGACAAUAUUAUGGCGAUCUGCCUCCCAACCAAGGAGGAAAGGUUCCAUAUAUCGCACUCAACUGCCGACAACCACGCAGGGCUGGUUGCCGGCUGGGGCGUCACAGAGAGAGGAGUGACAGCGAGGUAUCUGAAAUUUGUCCAAGUUGACAUUGUUGAUCAUGGAGAAUGUAAAGAGACCUACAGAAGGAGAUCGGAUGACGCCAACCAGCAUGUAGUUACUGAAAACAUGAUAUGUGCCGGGUUCGAAGAGGGCGGCAAGGAUUCCUGCCAGGGAGACAGCGGUGGAGCGCUGGCUUUCUUAGAUAAGACGACCAACAAGUGGUUCAUCGGAGGAAUAGUGUCAUGGGGGGUGGAGUGCGGCACAAAAGGUCUGUAUGGAGUUUAUACAAAAGUGAGUAACUACAUCGACUGGAUAGAAAACACCAUCCAGAAACAUGGCUAAUUGUACUCUGUCAAUAUUUUAAUUACAUGAGAACCAUUAGAAUUAAAUACAUAAGUAUAAUCA